AUGCUGGAGAACGGCUCUUUCUCCAACUGCUGCGAGGCGGGCGAGCUGGCCCGGCUCCCGGGCUGGCCGGGGGAGGGCAGCGCGCGGCCCUCCGGGACCGCUCGUCCUCCCUGGGUGGCGCCCACUUUGUCCGCGGUGCUCAUCGUCACCACCGCGGGGGACGUCGUGGGCAACCUCCUGGUCAUCCUCUCGGUGCUCAGGAACCGCAAGCUGCGGAACGCGGGCAAUUUGUUCUUGGUGAGUCUGGCAUCGGCUGACCUGGCGGCGGCCUUGUACCCGUACCCGCUAAUCCUCGCGGCCAUCUUCCAAGAUGGCUGGGCCCUGGGGGAGGCGCACUGCAAGGCCAGUGCCUUUGUGAUGGGCCUGAGUGCCAUUGGCUCCGUCUUCAACAUCACCGUCAUUGCCCUUAACCGCUACUGCCACGUCUGCCACAGCGUGGCCUACCACCAGAUCUGCCGGCCCUGGCACACGCCCUUCUACGUCUGUCUCAUCUGGCUCCUCACUGUGGGGGCCUUGGUGCCCAACUUUUUUGCGGGGUCCCUGGCAUAUGACCCACGCAUCUACUCCUGCACCUUCAUUCAGACGGCCAGCGCCCGGUACACGAUGGCAGUGGUGAUCGUUCACUUCCUCCUCCCCGUCACUGUCGUGUCCUUCUGUUACCUGCGCAUCUGGGUGCUGGUGCUCCAGGCCCGCAGGAGGGCCAAGCCGGAGACCAAGCCGAGCCUGAAGCCCGGCAACGUCCGGAGCUUUCUGACCAUGUUCGUGGUGUUUGUGGUCUUCGCUAUCUGCUGGGCCCCGCUGAACGGCAUCGGCCUUGCUGUGGCCAUCGAUCCAGAAGCAAUAGCUCCCCGAGUCCCAGAGGGGCUCUUUGUGGCUAGCUACUUCCUGGCUUAUUUCAAUAGCUGCCUUAAUGCCGUCGUCUAUGGGCUCCUGAACCAGAACUUCCGCAGGGAAUACAGGAGGAUUGUCUCGGCCCUCUGGAACCCUCGGCUCUGCGUUCAGGAUGCUUCCAAGGGCAGCAUACAGCUUGUGGAACAUCAUCGUGUGGACAAGAAGCCCGUCAGCACCACGGGUUCAGGCUGGUCAGAGGAGGCCGAUAGCUACUGGGGGCGUGUCCCAGCACCGGCUCUGGCAGAUGCUCUGUCAGCGCGCUGGGCGCUUGGUGCCUUCGUCAGCCAAGGAAGGGACAGAAAGAGGACAGGUUGGGGGUCAAAGAAGCCAAUGACUUCCUAUGAGCUGCUCUCUCCUUCUACUUGGGCCUCCUUGCUGCUGCUUCUCUCUUCCCCAAAGGGCAGUAGGAACGGAUAUCUUCCUGUUGGCAAGAAUGAAAGCAUGAGCUCUGUGUGCUGGGAGCUCUAG